AUGUACAGUAAUUACUCCAGGCUCAACACUACGGAAGAAACGCUUCAAGAUGUAUAUUCCUCCUCUACAAACGUAUCGACUGAGCAGAUGUCUCCCUCCCCCUGUCCACUUCUAUAUUCAGAUUAUCAAUUUACACUGAUUCCGGUGCUCUACUGUGUUAUCUUUGUCCUUGGGCUUGCUGGCAACAGUGUGGUGGUCGUGGUACUCUGCCGCCAUCACGGCCCUAAAACCGUUGCUAAUAUUUACAUUUUCAAUCUGGCCAUGGCCGAUUUGUUGUGCCUAGCCACACUUCCCCUUUGGGCAGCCUAUUAUGCCUACGGAUACAACUGGCUUUUUGGAUCUGUGAUGUGCAAAAUUUCAAGUUCUGUUCUGUCUCUGAACAUGUUUGCAAGUAUAUUUUUCAUUACCUGCAUGAGCAUGGAUCGAUACCGGGCUAUUGUCUAUCCUAUUCGAUCUCAAAGGAGAACACUGCAACAAGCUUCGUUGAUAGCAUUACUUGUUUGGGGCCUCGCUUGUUUGUCUUCCCUGCCAACGUUUUAUUUCCGUGACACGUACUUCAUUGAAAGCUUGGGGGUGAAUGCUUGCAUUAUGGCUUUUCCCUAUGAGAAGUAUGCAAAGUGGUCUGCUGGAACAGCCUUAAUGAAAAACACUCUUGGCUUUUUGAUUCCUUUAAUUGUCAUAGCCACAUGCUACGUGUGGAUCUGGAUGCACUUAAUGAAAGCACGGGAAUUCAGGAAAAACAAACAAAAAAGAGACAAAGUCUUGAAACUGGUGGCUGCAGUUGUUGUGGCUUUCUUAAUUUGCUGGCUUCCAUUCCACAUUUUAACCUUUUUGGAUGCCCUGGCUCGGAUGAACAUCAUUGAUAACUGUGACAUUACAACAGUCAUCGACACUACUUUGCCUUUUGGCAUCUGCCUGGGAUUUGCAAACAGUUGCAUCAACCCUUUGUUGUACUGUUUCAUUGGACACCAGUUCCAAGAGAAGCUCCAACAUCUGUUUAAGCUGCGAGUCUAUCAGUUUAACAGCACCCGGCAAAGCUCUUCUUCAAGAAAAGGGAGUUACCUUAAAGAGGCCGAGACCCCUGGGGACUGUGACAAAGAAAGACUGAACUGUAAACCAACACUGUAG